GUUGGGUCUAUAAAGACAUAGUUUUUCUAUAUUCGCUUCACGUUUUGAGUGAUUUUGUAACUGAUAAACAUGUUAUUUGUGGUGGUGUUAAACCUAUUUUUCUUAGGCCCUUUAAUAACCAAGGCUGAACAAGUGCCAAGAUGCCCUAAAGUUAUGACAGUAAACGGAGAAGUGACCUACAUUGGAGACAGAGAGAGAUACACUUAUGCAAAUAUUACUUGCGAUGAAGGCUAUAGUGUGGGAAAAGAUGGGGUGGAAACAGUUCAAUGUCUUCAAAGUCUUCAAUGGGAAAGCACUUUGCAUUGUUACAAAAGGUGUUUUCAGAAAGAUGUAAGACUUUCGAGCAGGAUGAUCAUUCAUCAAAAGAGAAAAUAUGUGGAGCAUGGUCAGUCUGUCCAUUUAUCAUGCAAGGACGGGUAUGAACACAGUCUGGCAAUCGACCCAGAUUUAAUGUGCAGCUCUGGUGAACUCAAAGGGACAAAACCACAUUGUAUACCAAAACCUUGUGAUACCCCUACAAUACAAAAUGGUAUAUUGCGCAGUGGAUAUUUGAACAGGAAUAUUUAUUCUAGAGCAACCAUUAUGAGCGGACGAAUGGUGUCAGUAUCAUGCGAGGAAGAUUUCUUUUUGUAUGAUAACAGCAAGAACGAAUUUAUAAAGGAGCGUUUCUUGUUCGUAAAAUGUUCCCUCGGAAACAUAAAGACCAUACCAUCAUGCAGAAAAAAGAGUUGUGAGUUUCCAGACGAUUCAUACGCCUCAUAUUAUGUUAAUGGAGAAAAAUAUAUCGCAAACACAAUCUCUCAUGAAGAAAAGGUCCGUGUCGAAUGUGAAUAUGGUACUAGUAUUACAGUGUCCUCAGAUGUAAGAACAUGUUGGAAUGGUGCCUGGAAACCAGGAGAGGAAUUCCCAGUUUGUGCACCAGCCCUUUGUGACGGUGGAUGUCAAAACGGUGGGACAUGUACCUCCCCAAACAGGUGCACAUGUCCAGAUGGAUUUUCGGGCAGUCAUUGCGAAACAGCUCUUUGUCCCGGGCAAUGUCAAAACGGUGGAACAUGUAUCUCUCCAAACAGGUGCAGCUGUCCGUAUGGAUUAUCUGGCAGUCGUUGCGAAACAGUCAAGCUCUCAUGCAUUAAUAUGCAUAGUUUUAUCCUUUUUAAUCACCUAUUGAUGUAUAUCGCAAUUCACUCUGUGUGACGGUGGAUGUCAGAACGGUGGGACAUGUACUUCCCCAAACAAGUGUAGCUGUCCGGAUGGACUCUCUGGCAGCCGUUGCGAAUCAGCUCUGUGUGACGGUGGAUGUAAAAACGGUGGGACAUGUAUCUCCCC